UGUGGAUGAUUCUCAGUGUCGAAGCUGUAGCCCUGGCUUUUACUGUUCAGAGUCUGGCCUCUCCGCAGUCUCCGGACCUUGCAUGCCAGGUUUCUACUGUCUGGAAGGAGCCCAAUCUGCAACUCCAAUGUCAACAGCAUCUGGAGGUAUUUGUCCAGUGGGCCACUACUGUGCAGAGGGCAGCAGUGUACCCUCACCCUGCCCAGCUGGUUCUUAUCAGAAUCAGGCUGGAGGAAAAGGCAAAGAUGACUGCAAACCAUGUCCGCUUGGCUGGUUCCAGGAUUUGCCAGGCCAGAAAGAAUGUAAUCCCUGUCCCCCGGGGUUCCACUGCCAGUCGUUGAGUUCCAGCACCAGGGGAGUGUCAAGCCCUCAGCCCUGUCCAGCUGGAUACAUCUGUCCCAGAGAGAGUCCAGACAGUCAGCCUCUCCCAUGCCCCAAAGGCAGCUACAACCCCAACCAGGGGCUCACGGCCACGAUUGAAGGUACCGUCCAGCCUGUGCUGUGUCCUGUUGGAUACUACUGUCCUGCAGGUCUGAUUUUAGGAUUAGAGUUCCCUUGUCCACCUGGCACUGUGCAGAGUCAGCUUGGAGCCUCCAGUCCUGAUGCCUGUCUGCCCUGCCCUGCUGGAACGUUCUGCACUCAGUCUGGUCUGUCGCAGCCCACUGGACUUUGUGAAGCAGGAUACUACUGUCCUGCUGGAUCAACAAGCCCGAACUCUACUGAGUAUCAGGGAAAUUCUACUUUAAGUCAUCUUUGUCCAUCUGGCCACUACUGCCCCUCCGGCACUGGCUAUCCGCUCCCCUGCCCUGUGGGCUCUCUUUCCAUCUCUGGAGGACUGAAGGGGCCUGACGAAUGUCGGCCGUGCCCCCCUGGAUCGUUCUGUGACAGUCCUGCACUAAUAGACCUCUCAGAUGCUCUCCCAUGUCAGGCUGGGUAUGUGUGCUUGGGUGGCAGCUCCAGUCCCACUCCAUCUGACGAUUCCCAUGGCUAUCUCUGCCCCGCUGGCCACAGCUGUCCUCUUGGCUCAGCAAGUGAGGUGCCCUGUGAACCUGGCACUUACAGCCCUGCCCCUGGAGCAGCUAAGUGCAUGAUAUGCCCCAAAGGAACCAUGUGUUCCUCCUCAGCCACUCAAGAGCCCUCUACCUGCCCAGCAGGACAUUUUUGUCCUGUGGGAACAGCCCUGCCUCAGCCCUGCCCUUUAGGGACUUUCAGCAACCAGACCGGCGCUCACGCUGUCUCUGUCUGCACACCUUGUCCUUCUGGAGUGUACUGUGACUCAUACGGAGCCUUAAUGCCACAAGGCCAAUGUUUGGAGGGUUAUUUCUGCCAAAGUGGAGCUGUGGAGCCAACACCUCAGGGCUCCGAAAUCUUCCCCAAGAAUGGCCCUUGUCCUGUGGGCCACUACUGUCCAAGAGGGUGCCUCUCUCCAGUCCCAUGUCCUCUUGGCAGUAUUCGCAACACCACUGGAGGCGUAUCCAUGGAGAGCUGCUCAGCCUGUCCUGCAGGUCACUACUGCUCCACUGAGGGUCUGGCCGGCCCCAGUGGCCCCUGUGCUGCUGGCUUCUACUGCCCCUUUGAUUUCUCUUCAACCACUCCAUAUGCAUUUCUCUGUCCCAGGGGCCACUAUUGUCCGGAAGGAUCUGCCCUGGCCUUGCCUUGUCCCACGGGAGAAUAUCAACCAAACCCAGGUUCAGAUAACUGCAUCCCCUGCCGACCUGGAUACUACUGUGAGGAGGCCGUAGUAGGAGAGCCAUGGCCCUGCCCGCCACACUCAUUCUGCCCUGCAGGCACAAUGGUACCUCAGCCGUGCCCUAAUGGGACGUACACCCACUCACACCAGGGAGGACUACAGGAAGAGAAAGAGUGUUUACCCUGCCCCCCGGGGAAGUUCUGCAGAGCUGGUAGAAUCCAGGGUGUUUGUGCUGCAGGGUACAUUUGCGUUUCUGGGAGUGCAGAUUUUACCCCUCAGGGACCUCUGUCCAAUUUGACCUGGUGCCAGUGGGGUGUGCAAUGUGCAGGGCCAUGUCCUCCAGGUACAAAUAAUUGAUUUUACAAAACAACAAAGUGAAAGUAUAAAUGCUACAUGUAAAAAAAAAAAAAAAAACAUGUUAAAGUUCCCUCUUGCAAUUAAGCCUUUGAGGAUAAAUCAUGAUAGAAUGCAUUCUUUAUUCUAGGUUUCUAUUGUCCUGAAGGCACAGAACAGGCUCAGUUAUGUCCUGCAAAUACCAUUAGAAGAACCCCAGGAGGUGCCAGCCUACAGGACUGCUUACCCUG